ACAUGCAGAACGGUAGAACAAGAGGGUCAGACUUGGAUGUCAAGAAACCCUAGUUCACCCAAAUUUGAGUUUCAAUUCCAAUCCAAUUUGCGCAUUCAACGCCACUCUGAAUGUUGAACAACAAGAGCAUAUCAAUCGCAGUGUCGGAUGACGAAUCUGACGAACUCGGCCGGAUGCGCGUUCAAGUUCGCCGGAAGCGCAAGAAACUCCACCACCGAUUCAAGAACGGAGUGGUGAGGAAUCUGGUCAGGUACUGGCCCCUGUUCUGGGCCCUUGUGAUUUUUCUAGCAGCGAUUGGUUUGCUUCUGUAUGAGGCAUGGACUAUCGGCUGGAAAUCCCCUCAACUCAAUAGCUCAGAACUCACUGCGGUGAACAAUGAUUUGAAUCGGCUUGAUCCUAUCACUCAGGUUGUUCGUGGCGUUACGCAACGUUGCUUGCCAAUCUUACCUCCUGAACAACUUGAGCAUCUGGAAAUUCCUGUGCUCCAAGAUUCCACUAGUCCUGUUAAAAAAUUGAUAUACACAACUGAGAAUGAUGCUCCGUUGUUAGGACGACGGUACAACACCCUGUCUCAAGAGCACACAGAUGCAACAAGAUUUAAUUUGUUUACUGGAAAUCAAACUCUAGAUCAGAGAGGUGAAAUGUUUAAGGUAAAUGAAACUGUUACUAUAAACUGUGGUUUCUACAGUGAAGGUGGUGGGUUUAAGAUCUCAAAUGAAGACAAGAAUUACAUGAAAAGUUGUGACAUUGUAGUCUCCACUUGUGCAUUUGGUGGUGGAGAUGAUCUUUAUCAACCCAUUGGAAUGUCAGAGGCAUCCCUUCAGAAGGUUUGCUUUGUUGCUUUUUGGGAUGAAGUUACUGUGAGUACUCAAGAGUCAGCUGAACAUAGAAUUGGUGAGGAUGGAUUUAUUGGGAAAUGGCGCAUUGUGGUUGUAAAAGAUCUCCCUUUUGCGGACCAAAGGUUAAAUGGAAAAAUCCCGAAGAUGUUGGCGCAUCGUCUUUUUCCUCUUUCAAAGUAUUCCAUUUGGGUAGAUUCGAAGUCCCAAUUUAGAAGGGACCCUUUAGGUGUGCUCGAAGCUCUUCUCUGGCGUACAAAUUCUGUACUUGCAAUCUCAGAACAUGGAGCUCGUAGUAGCAUUUAUGACGAGGCGAAGGCUGUUGUUAAGAAAAACAAGGCCAAACCUGAAGAAGUUAAGAUGCAGUUGACUCAAUAUCGGAGUGAUGGCUUGCCAGAAGACAAGCGAUUCAAUGGAAAGAAAGCUCUAGCGGAAGCAUCUGUUAUCGUGAGGGAGCAUACCCCACUGACUAAUAUGUUUAUGUGCCUCUGGUUCAACGAGGUGGUUCGUUUUACUUCUCGCGAUCAGCUUAGUUUCCCGUAUGUACUAUGGCGGUUGAAAGUGCUCAAGAACAUUAACAUGUUCCCUGUAUGCACCCGCAAAGAUCUUGUUACUAGCAUGGGCCACAUUCGCAAGGCUAUGCCUCUCAGUAUUUGACACCUAGUACAUUCAACUUCUCAGUUAGUGAACAGGGGUGUGCUGACACUCCACGCGGUAGUAAAUUUCUUCAUUUAUUUGUAAUUCUAAUUGAUUUGUUCCAUAUGAUACAAAAUGUUGAUAGACUUUUACCAGAAAAGAUUUUCGCCUUACCAUUCGAGUGCUUGGUUAUAAGUUGCAUAG